UGUUUUAUGCCGAUCCAUAAAAUCACAAGAUAACGGAUGCAUAUUUUGAUGACGGAACUAAACUGAAUUCCUUCUACAUGUGCAUCAAAGAAGUUGGAAGCUUGAGUGGCAGAUAGACAUCCGAGAAACGUCCAAUCAGAUCUCUCCAUGGAGUGCUUCACUUUCUAGUUAUAUAGCGAUUUAAUUUUAUCUUAUCGUCUCAUUCUAACAAGUUGAUUUUAUCUUAAUUUGCAUGAUAAGAGAAAUCAUUGCAGUAAAGUGGAAAUUUGUUUUAACCUGUUGAAAGGCUUUUACAUUUUUCCACAUUUUGUUAACUGUAAUAAUGGAAAAUAUGCUAUCGAGAAAUCGUUUAUCUCCGGAUUAUAUAUUUCAUUCUGGACAAAUAAAACAAGAAAUUCGACCGGACGGAUACGAUAUUUUUAAUAACGCAGAGGCAAUACGAGGGCGGAAACGCACUUUCUCUAAGGGAAGUAGUGACGGAUUUCAAAGUAUGUCUUCUCCUGAGAGUACGGACGACUCCUCGCCAAACAAGAAGGCAAAAAAGAAAUCAUUGUCAUUUGAGGAAAUUCAGACGCAACGCGUCCUUGCCAACGUCCGAGAGAGACAAAGGACACAGUCCCUGAACGAGGCUUUUGCUCAGCUGAGACAAAUUAUUCCUACACUUCCAUCCGAUAAGUUGAGCAAAAUCCAGACUCUAAAACUUGCAACCCGUUACAUUGAUUUUCUAUAUAAUGUUCUUCGUAACGAAGAAGUCGUGGACUUAUACGGGACCCAGGGAAAGAUGCCCAGCUGUAAUUAUAUGGCCAAUGAGAGAUUGAGCUAUGCCUUUUCUGUGUGGAGGAUGGAAGGGAACUGGGCGAUGCCCUCGGACUGAAUUAGACCCAAACGUUCAACUAGAGUAGAGGACGAUACCGAUUCAUCUCGCCAAGGAAGAGAGAGGAGGGUUGUAAAGCUCCUAUAAACCAACCGCCUUCAAGAACAAAGAAAUAUGUCAGCAAGCGUUUGGAAGACUUGAAAGCGAUGACGAACAUGAAAAGUGUGCUUUUCGCUUAUUGCGGGGAUGGAAAUCUGUUCAACGCCGCAGCAAAGGGGAUACAUUCGUGAAAAACUGUUAUAAAAAGUAGAAAUGUUCAAUAGGUUUUGCUUUUUCUGUAAACGAAUCCCACUUCCAGCGAAAACACUUGGAGGAAUAGACAUCAAGCUGAACUGUUUUAUGUGGCCGUAUGAUCUGUACUAGUUUAAGAUACGUACUUGAAUAUAAAUGUAUAAUAUUUUACAUUCCAUUAAUACUGUGCUCGCGGUGAUGUGCACAAAUAUAGUAUUAAUAUAAAUCUUUAAUUCUUUAUAUAUUCUUUCAAUAUGUAAUACAAGGUCUAGUUUUAGAUAUUCUGAGAUUUUUAAUAAAGUAACUGUGCAAGACUAA